AUGCAUCGACUUUUUGCUGAGCUGGAGCCAUCUGUAACCGUCACCGAGCAAAACCUGGCAGACCGAGUUCGGUAUAUCUUGCGCUCAAAUACAUUUGAUGUUACCGAACUCGAACGUCUACGACGUAAGGCUGUUCCUUCAUCGGGUGAAAAUGCUGCGGCUGAGGAUGCGGCACCACAACUUGCUGAGCAAACGGCAAAUGUGGAUGCCGCCGUGAACACGCCAGUUGUGGUUGAUUCAGACGAUGAUGGAAAAGUCGCCCAGGAACUGGAACUAGAGCAAAUGAGGAGUACAUUGGAGGAGGCGAUUGUGGAAACACGCAGUACGCCUCUCGAAAAUCGACCGCGACUUCCCCGCUUAACCCUAAGCAAGCGGAAUCGGGCUGUAGUGAGGGCUCUGAACCCAAUGCUGGUUACCUAUUUGGAAGCCAGCCGGGAACUUUGCGAGACGGACCCAAUUCUUUUUGGCGCCGCACUGGCAGUCUGCCGUAUUAUAGGCGCCAAACUUUCCACGGCUGGACGCGCUACUGGACAAAGUAGUGCUAUCCCAGCCUGGAGAAUAAGAAUUGAAGAACGUAUCGCAAAGGCUAGGGCCCUCAUCGGCAGACUGAUAUGCUUCAGGUCAGGCAAUACCAGGCCAAGGAUUGUGCGCACCAUCAGGAUGGCGUUUGCUGGGACAAAUGUUAGUUUGUCCCAGCCGGAUAUAAUGCAAAAACUGACGGAGCGCAUAGACGACCUGAAGCAAAGAAUCGCUGCUUGGGGAAAGCGGAUUCGGCGAUAUACCGAGAGGUCGACACGGUUCAACCAGAAUCGUCUCUUCCAGAGUGAUCAGAAGAGGCUCUAUAAAUCAUUGGAGCGAUCAAUAGUAAGUGGAACGGGCCCAGCACCAAAUCAGGCCGACACGGUCGCAUUCUGGCGCAGCCUGUGGUCGGAGCCCGUAAACCACAACGAGGGCCCUUGGACGGAUGUUGUGGCGAGUCAGUGUGCGGGUAUUACGCCCAUGGACCCCGUCAUCAUAACGCCGGAUGACGUAGCUGAGGCGGUCCGUAGGGCCCCGAACUGGAAAAGUCCGGGGCUUGACGGGCUGCAUCACUACUGGCUGAAGGGGUUCAUGGUGUGUCACGCUGUGCUCGCCCGACAGUUUCAAGAGGCUCUCAAUCAGAAGUCGCUCCCAAGCCUCUUCACUACUGGGAUCACUCAUUUGGUUCCUAAAGAUCAGGGUGCCACAGACCCGAGCAAAUACCGCCCCAUAACGUCGUGUAUUAACAAGGCGUACUUAAGUGAGUUUAUCAGUAAAAUGAAACAAAAUACAAGCAAUGCUAGUACUGAUCCAUUACCUAUGCAGUCUACAUCUACGUUAAACAUUUCGGAAAAGGAAGUUGAUGGCCAAGAAGAAUAUAAUCCCUUCGAACAUCGGCAUGUUACACACCCUACAUCAACUUUGGGUUCAUUUUUCCACCUGCUGAAAUCAUCUCUAGGGUCAGGAUUGCUUGCGAUGCCCGCUGCUUUCAAACACACUGGCCUUAUUCCCGGAUGUUUCGGUACGGUUCUAGUCGGCCUGAUUGCCACUCACUGCGUUCAUAUUUUCGUGACCACAUCCCGUGAAAUUUGCAGACACUGUCGCGUUAGUUCAUACACUUAUACAGAAACAUGUGAGAAUGUGUUCAAGCAUGGACCUAAGAAGUUACAAAAGUACACGCAAUUUGUCAGGCAUUUCGUCGACUAUGCCAUGGCUGGAGUAUGUCUUGGAGGAACAAGUGUAUACGUGAUUUUCAUCGCAAGUUCUCUUAAAGAUAUUUGUGAUUAUUUGAGUCCGUCGCAUAAAUUCACUGUGAAGGAAUAUUGCGGAUUUUUGCUGAUGCCACUAAUUUUGUUAACGCAAGUGAGGCACUUAAAGUUCCUCGUGCCAUUUUCCUUACUGGCAAACGUAUGCCUUCUUUUAACAUUUAUUAUUACUUGCUACUAUACCUUCAGCGAUCUACAUGAUUUUUCUAAAGUGAAACUAGUAUCAAAUUUUGUGGAAUGGCCGCUAUUUUUAAGCACAGCUAUAUUUGCUAUGGAAGGUAUCAACGUCGUGAUGCCGGUUGAGAACGAGAUGAAACGACCAGAACAUUUUCUUGGUUGUCCUGGUGUACUUAACAUUACAAUGAUACUGGUGGCUACACUGUAUGCCGUAGUUGGAGUUUUUGGUUAUUUAAAAUAUGGUGAUGAGGUUAAGGGAAGUGUUACUCUAAAUCUACCUCAAGAUGAAAUUCUAGCGUUAUCGGCUAAAGUUAUGGUUGCAAUGGCAGUUUAUUUUACAUAUUGUCUUCAAAUGUACGCUCCGAUGGACAUUAUAUGGACACGUAUAAAGGGUACAAUAAAGCAAAAGUUUCACAGCUUGGGGCAAAUAUUACUAAGGACUUUUAGCGUCGUUUUGACUGUUGUUAUGGCCGUAGCAGUUCCGGACUUAGAACUAUUAAUUGGCCUCGUUGGCGCUAUAUUCUUCUCAACUUUAGGACUAUUUAUUCCUAUCAUAAUUGAGACUGUGCAUAAAUGGGAACGAGAUAUGGGAAGGACAGAUUGGAACCUAUGGAGCGUAAAAUGCGUGCAGACGUGCAUACGCAAUAUUCCUAAGUCAACGGGAGAAAAAAAAGAUUUUUUGUGUAACAUUAUUGAACAGACCGGAAAAGUCGUUAAUAUUAAUAUAGAUGACUCCGAAUUGGAAGAUAUUUAUAGAGUGGACUCCAAGGGCAGCUUUGGUCCGACUAUAGUGGAACUAAACUCGAUUAUGAGCAAGGAAAAUUACUUAAAGCAGUAA